CGUUCUAUUUGUCGGCUGCUGUUUGCUUCCUUCGCUAACGCAGUGUUAGUUCAAAACGCGAAACUAGCAAGACGCGCGUGCAACGCUCUGCGUCAGUAAAGAAAGAACUGUAAUGAGAUAAAAAAUAACAAUAAAUUAAGUGGAAGUGAAUUAAAACACGUGCUUUUAUCGGCUUUCUUAUAAUUACGGUCUUAGUGCUUUGCUAAUCUUCUCGUUUGAUACGCUACAAUCAAGCAGCAGAAUAGAACGACAAUUUGGCGCGCGAUAGUGCUUCGGUUUCGUACCUACGUACCUGUGUAGGUUUGCUGUUCAGUGUGAAACAAUACAAUGUACGCAACGCACUCGUUCGAAUCUUGCAAUCUACACAAAAGGCAAGUAAAGCCGAUACCCGAUACAGUUUAAUGCCCGUAAUUUCCGAAACCCGCUUUUUGUGCUCCAAGCGGGCAAGAAGAGCAAUAGUGUAAGUGUGGUUUGUGCAAAAAGAAGACAGUGCCUGUCCACUGUCACACACCCGGGUUGCUGUGUUUGUAAUUGCGGAAGCCAAAAUGUGAAUCAAUCGCAUUGAAAGCGAUUAAAACCAAUUUGACAAGAAGGAGCAGCAUCAUCAAAUUUUACCUGUGCCCUAGUUCUCCAAGCACAAGGUUUACGGGCAAAACAAGCGCGCGUGUGUCGUGUGCGGUCCUUCUUUCGGCAAGGGUUUUACCGUGUGUAAAUACCCGGAAGAACCAGCAUAAAGUGUGUGUGUGCACGUACAUUAGGCAACCCUUUUCCUUCUGUACGGGCCAGUAAUAAAAGGGUGUGCAACGUUUCGCAAAACGGAAUCCUACCGGCACAGUAGGGUCGGUUUCUGCAAGGCAAAAAUCCGGUUUCGUGCAAAACAACGCCGCGCACAAAAGUGUGAGUUAGUGACCCCGGGUGAGUAAGAGUGUGUGUAUAUGUGUAUGUUGGUGCGUGCGUGGUCUUACUUUUGCUGGUAGUAUUUCUGCAUCCCUGGUGCAUUCAAAAAUUGCACCAGAAGUUUUGCUCUCCCGCUCAAAUACGAAGCGAGUGCAACAGCUGGAGCAUAUGAAUGUGGCUGCAAAAACCGUGCAGUUGAGAGUUAUCUGUGCCAAAAAUUAGGCUAAUCCCAGAGAGCAAGUGUUGUGAUGGUGAAAGAUGUGCAAAGUGCAGCCACACACGUGAUUCUUUCGGCCUUCAUUGUAAAAGCGUUUUCGCCCAGUUCCAAAGUGUAGUUUACGCAUGAAGUGAGCUAGGGAUCAACCAAGUUUGCAAGCAAAUCAUUCCCGCAAUCCUUUUGGCCUAUUCCCGCGCGAAUAGGGAAAAGUGAAUUGGUGGUGGUGAGGUAAUAAAGUCAAGCUAAAAAGCUAAUCUUCUUCGCGCAACAAUGUGCGACAGUGAGUGUGUGGCUCCGGCCGUGGUGUCCCCGUUGGCACCACCAACUUCCGCCAACGGUAAGCAACCGGCCGCUUCACCGUGCGACGUCACAAAUAUGGGCAACCUCGUGGAAGCCAUCAACCCGGCAGUACAGUUGGCCACCUCACUGUCCACCCACUCGAUGCAGCAUUCGACGAUGCAGUCGGACGGGCAGCCAGCACCAGCCGGUGGCGAAUACAUUUCGCCCCAGGAGCUGGAGAUGGAAAACCACUGGUUGCGGGAAAAGCUGAAGGAAAUUACGGUCGAUCGGGACCGGUUACUGUGUGAGGUGGCAAAUUUACGGCUCGAGCUCGACAUGGCCGAAUUGAAGCGGCUUCCGGAACAUAGGUACGUACACAUUCGGAUAUUGGAACUGUCAUGCGUGUGAGGCACACUAAACACUAAGUGUGAUUGAAUUAUUUUAACAAAAUCAAGAUGUAAGUAACUUUAGAUCUCAGUUUACUCUCUGGAUAUAGUGAAAGAAGGAAUUUAAUUAAAAACUUAGAAGACGAGUGUCUUCUCGGGUGGAAGAUUUCACAAUUUGGAAGGGAUUAUAUUCAAUAUUUUUCCGCGAAAUUAUAGUUCGAGUUUUGGUUUCAUUUCACGGGAAGAACGAGAUUGGAUUAAUAAAAUUCCUCGUAGGAUACAAGGCAAGGGAAGGAGUAGGAAAAACAUUUUCACAGUGAAAUCCCUUUCCAUAAUUGCUAGUCAAGCAGAGCAGCGAUGCUGGAAGUCAAAAGUAGGCAGAUUUUCAGCACUUUGCCGAGCUGUUUGUCUCUAUCUGAAACAAAACAGGCGCAGCCGCGUACAUUUGGAGAAGCUUUUAACCUUCGGGCGAAGCUUAGAGCAUGACAAAGUGUGGAUGGGCUUGGUGCUAGGGAAGGAAGACGAUGAUAAUACCUAGCCUAGCCUACGGGUGACAUGCUACUUGUCACUUUCCGUCCUGUCGCUUGAUGGAACUCGGUUAAGAACCUUCGCUGUUGUCCUGUAUUACCGUACGGUUGAACGAAGGACCGGUUUUAGUAAGGGUAGAUCUUGUGUAUGCUUUUUCUGUUAAUGAAUCGUACUAAGGGAAACAUUUGCAUGCGAUGAAAUGUUGGUCAGACGUUUUCCGACUGGUGCAUUCUACGAAAGCGUUUAUGUUUCGUUCAUUUGGAAGAGUACAAAAAGAAAUACACCAUUAGAACACACACGAAGACAUGCUACACUCUGUACAAAUGACAGGCAAUGGGGGAGUUCCCAAGAUGUAGGUACGUCUACAUGCCUACGGCAGGGAUUGUUCGCAAGGGUCUUUUCAAAACGAACAAACGGGACGUUAAACAGCAAUGAUGUUCAGGGGAGAAGUGCUGGAACAUAUCUCGGGUAUGUUGGAACUAUACAUUUCCAUCCUUCUGCUAGGUAUUUCUGCACCCCAGAGAAGUGAUCCGUUCAGAGAAGCGUAGGUUUCGUAAUGACACAAAGCUCGUUCUAGAACUCGGUGUAGUUGUACAUCAGUAAAACCAUUUUCAACGGUAUUUAAGCCAAAGGUGACAUGGUUGAAGCGCGUCCAAUGUGUACAGUGAAUGGAUCUUCAAGUCUUUCAUAUGAAGUAUGAUGAAGAGAGGAAUAUCCUCCAACAGCUCAAAAAACAUCAAUGCUGUGAUGGUGUCCAAACUUUCACCUUAUGAGUUGACUUAAAGGGUACGUUUUGAUUAGGCCUUUUGUUGUGGAAAUAUUGAAGACCUAGAACGUCCCUUAUGGUUUUUGUCUCGAUGUUAAAAAAUAGCACUUGGAAUUUCUAACAUUCAUGUCCAGACAUUGGAUUUACUCCUGGACCUACGGUAACUUGCCGCUCUCACAAUCACCGUCUGAAGAAAUUUGAAUGAAACCAUUACCCAGUUCUACACCCAAAAAGGCCCUUUCGUUUGGCUUCUGACAAAGUGGGAAAGUUUUCCAUUGUUUUGUGACGACUCUAAGCAUUUGUCACUCGGUUAUGAGUGAUAGCAGGGAUUAAAGUAUUGUUUGGUCACGUUCGCUUCGGUGACGAUGUAUUUCGACUUCCUUCCUAGAAGUCCAAUGACCUUAGUUUUAAUCCAUCAUGUUUCUUCCCAAUGAUCCGCUUAUCGCUCCGUCUGCAUCUGUUCAGGAUAAGCGAUACGCCUCCCAUGUGUGCACAUCGUACGGAAACGUAUCCACGUCUCGUCUGUCUCGCACCAACGACAUGUCCAAGAAUUUCACAGCUAGAAGUAUAGAUAGGUCUGUCGUAUGCCGUGUGACGCACAUGUAGAACAAACAGACACUAUCGCCGAGCCGGCACAAUACGAAUCAUUUUUAUGUCAGCUGAGUGGGAAACCUCCAUCUAUUUCAUGUUUUGCCGGUCGUUUUCCACGAUCUAACCAGGCAGUCGCACUCGUUAGCGAUGGUCAUUAAAUUUGUCAUACACGUCCAGAAAAAGACCAAAAAAAACGAUACGAUAUGCCGCCACCGACGGCUCUGUUGGGAAAUGUUGGCUGGAAAAAUGAAACCUAAGCAUAAUGAUUCAAGAGAAAAAAAAAUCCUAACCUCAAAUUGUUAUUUUUAUAUCUACACGUCGCAACCGAACGUCGUUAGGGGGUGGUGGAGCACGGUCAGUAACACGGUCGCCACCACAUCAGCCGUACGGGCAUCUUGUGCGGACAUAAAAAUAUGUAUAUAUCUACCCCAUCAAUUGUAGGCUCGCGAUCGAAUUUCAAUUCGCCAUUCCCCUCGCGGGAAUGGAUGACGCGAAUGUACGUGCCGCUUGUGUGGAAAAAUACUUUCGAGUGAACCAAGGAACAAAGGGAAAAACAAACAAAAAAAACUGGUUGGAUGGAAAAACUGAAACAUUUUGUUAUUGUUGUCAUCUGUGUGCGUUCGUUUGCAAGGGUAGAGACAUCGAUGUGG